AUGGUACAACGAGCUACUGGGAAAACACCUGCACCCAUCCUGAUUGGAAAAACAAUUCGGUUCCGACGUGCCCCUCAAACUGCGCAGAAACUGUCCCACAGGGUAGGGAGCCCACCCCCCGAAGGCGGAAACGGUGUCGAUAUUUGCGGCAAGGGCAAAUUUGUCUGCAAAGGCUACCACAGCUACAGUUGCAAUAGCACAACCACCUUCUCACUCAAAUCAUUUCACCCUGUACUUGCAUCCGCGAUCUCCCCAUCAAGCACGCUUACAAGUACCCAAUCGAAUUCUCCAACUGCAGCGCCGCCUAGGUCAACAGGGAAAAGUGAGAGCCAUAAUAACCUCGGCGUGGGUCUCGGCGUCGGCCUAGGCGUGGGGAUUCCUCUCGUCUUUGGAAUCAUCGCAACUUUCUGGUUCUUCCGUCGACGACAGAGUAGGUCUGUUACCAGCUCAGGCCAUACUCAGGCUUAUACCCCAUCGUCGCAACAAAACGGUGCACUGUCAGAGCGAGGGGCAACUCUCCCUAUGCCUAAGGAGGAAAGGCCUCCGCAGGAGUUAGCAACAAGGCAGGCGCGACCGCACCUUGAGCUACAGUAG